CUGGUGCAUUUUGGCAUUUGGGUUCGAUAGUACCACCAGCGCGGACGCUUUCUGGAAAAUCCUCUGCUCCACUCGGAGGCCUUUCAAUAGUUGUGUGAAAAUUUAAAUCUCUUGUGAUUAUAGCUUUGCACCAACAGUCAUGUCAGGCUUUGUCGUUUUUGCACUAGCAUUCUCGUUGUCCGCGACGGCGCGUUGUCUGGGCUUCCCCGCGUCAGGAGCGGCGGCGCCGCAGCCCUGUGUCGCGCCGUUACAGUGGGAGGGUCGGACCGUUGAAUAUGAUCACGGGACGGGACGAAACACACGGGCGGCGGUCUCCUAUGAUGCACAGAAUCAGCGAAUUAGGGUCCUGGAGCAGAAGACUGGACACACACCAUGUAAAAAGUUCUUUGAGUACAUCUACCUGUUCAAGAGUGGAGUACUUUUCCAAAUUGAAGAAAUUACUAAGCAGUGUGCAAAGAUCGCUCUGACGGAGGCCUGGGACCCUUAUGAUAUUCCCCUGAACUCCACAUACGAGGACCAGUAUUUCAUUGGAGGACCUGGAGACAUGAUCGAGGUCCAAGAAUGGUCUGAUCGGAAACCAGCUCGCAAAAAUGAAGCUUGGGUUGGUGUGUACACUUUGAAGGACUGCUAUCCCGUGCAGGAGACAUACACCAAAAACAGUAGUGUGACCACGUCCACUCGCUUCUUUGACCUUCAGCUGGGCAUUAGUGACCCUGGGGUGUUCGACCCACCCAGCACCUGCCAAUCAGCUCGGACUGAGAAGAUGAUGUCUGACUGCUGAAUACGUUGCUCUGCAUUACAUGCACAAUAUACAUUAGCCAUAAUACAAUAAAAAGCUUCAAAAUAAAUGAUAUUACACCGACAAAGAGCACAUGAAAUGAGUGCAGGUACUGUUAAAUAUAAUAGUUCUUAUUGAUUUACAGUGGGAAAUGUGCCUCACAUAUUAUUGAAGCAUCAUUUUUAAUAUGCCACAUUUUGGGCAAAUUACAACUCUUGUGCUGAUCCAGGGUGGACUAAUGUAGCACUUAAUUUUUUGCUUGACAGUUAAUGUUCUGUUCAUCUUAUUAUUUUAUUUAGCAUUUAAGUUGAUUUAAAAUGUGGAUGCUUACAGUUAAUUUCAAGUGUUAAAGAAACUUAAUUCAAUAAAACUGUUUACCUCACAAC